AUGCCAAAUUAUACAGUUCAGCGUAACGAUGAGGUGGUAGCAACGAAGAGACAUCCAAAUGUCAUGACGCAAGCUCCGAUAGAAUCUACAUAUCAAUCCGAAAUGAUUCCACUACUUCAGCCUUACUCGCGAAUGCCGACGACACCACCCAGUCAUCAAACAACCGCUCAUAAACUCGCAUCUUUACUUCAAGAAGUAGCUUCUGUAAUGGACACAAUUACUGGGGAGAAGAUGAUGUGUGGGGAGGAAUUAGAUGGUUUGGAAGGGGAUGUACUCGGCGGGUUGACAGAAAUGGUAUUGAUCAUGGAAGAGGAAGUCGAGGGGAUGAUUGAGUUGGCUGAUAUUGUGGAAGAAUAUGUGGAAGAAUUAGAAAUGGCAGAGCUAGAUGGGUGGGUUGCUGACCUUCCGCCUUUGAAAAUCAAUGGCAGAAGCAAAGCAGGAAAGGGAUACUGGGAAUCUGAAAAUAACGCAACAAAUGUAUGGGGAGGGAACCAUGGUAGCUUAUCCUUAGGGGAUGGGAAAGAGAGUAUUAGGAUAGGGCUAGAUGAUGCUUUCAAGGGACGUAUAAGCUUGGGUGGAUUAUUGGACGAAGUUGAGGAGGAUGUUUUGGGAUGGAGAGUGAGAGGAAUGUCUGUAAACUCUGACAGCUAUGUGUCUGAUGAACGGUCAGGGGUGGUUAUUGGAUCCGGGGUUUCUGUGCCCAUCAAAAUCUACAGGAAAGACGUGAUCAAACCGACCGUCAUCUCACUUCCUUCGAGGAAGAUUGAUCCAGAGACGAAAUUUAGAGACUCCGCUUUGGGACUUAUGAGUCCUGCUGGUGUUACAAGAAAGCCAAUCAAGAAGGAACCUCGAAUCGUUAUGAAAUCUAGUCCAAUUGGAUUGAGGACUGGUCUUGGAUCUACUAGGAGGAAAAAAAACAGAUGA